UCCAAUCUGAAAUGGCAUGCAAGAAAACGAAAGCUGGCUGAAAAGAAUGUACUCUGUUUUCCGAUCACCAUAUCCAUGAACGCGCCCUCUCCAAACCUGCUUGGUUCUUUGCUGGAGUCAGCUGUUUCAACCCGCUCUUCCCUGCUUGGCCGUUCCGUCCACGCGCUCAUCCUCAGAACCCAUGACACCCCUCUCUCCUCCUUCCUCUGCAACCACCUCGUCAACUUGUACUCCAAACUCGACCGUAUCAACUCAGCUGAAAUCCUUCUGUCACUCACCAAUCCCCGCACCGUCGUCACCUGGACGUCUCUCAUCUCCGGCUGCGUUCACAACCGUCGUUUCACCUCCGCGCUCCUCCACUUCAGUAACAUGCGCCGCGAGUGUGUUCUCCCUAACGACUUUACGUUUCCCUGCGUCUUCAAAGCUUCGGCUUCGUUGCGCAUGCCCUUUACUGGAAAACAGCUUCACGCCCUCGCUCUAAAAGGUGGAAAUAUAUUGGACGUGUUUGUGGGGUGCAGCGCCUUUGACAUGUACAGCAAAACCGGCCUUCGAGUCGAGGCUCGUAACAUGUUCGACGAAAUGCCGCACAGAAACUUGGCCACGUGGAAUGCGUAUAUUUCCAAUGCAGUUCAGGAUGGCCGGUGUUUGGAUGCAGUUUCCGCGUUUAAAAGGUUUCUUUGUGUGGGUGGAGAGCCCAAUGCGAUAACGUUUUGUGUGUUUCUCAAUGCGUGUGCUGACAUGGCGAGUUUAGAGCUCGGGAUUCAGUUACACGGAUUUAUAGUUCGGAGCCGGUACCGGGAGGAUGUCUCUGUUUCCAAUGGGCUUAUUGAUUUCUACGGAAAAUGUGGGGACGUGGUGUCAUCUGAAAUGGUUUUUAAUAGAAUUGGCAGUGGCAGGAGGAAUGUUGUUUCCUGGUGCUCUAUGCUUGCUGCUCUUGUGCAAAACCACGAGGAAGAGAGAGCGUGUAUGGUCUUCCUGAAGGCAAGGAAGGAGGUUGAGCCAACAGAUUUCAUGAUAUCGAGUGUACUCAGUGCGUGUGCGGAGCUUGGAGGGCUUGAACUGGGCAGGUCAGUUCAUGCUCUUGCUGUUAAAGCAUGUGUCGAGGAGAAUAUAUUUGUUGGGAGUGCACUUGUUGAUAUGUAUGGAAAAUGCGGAAGUAUAGAAAACGCAGAGCAAGUAUUCAAAGAAAUGCCCGAGAGGAACCUAGUCACUUGGAAUGCAAUGAUAGGUGGAUAUGCACAUUUGGGCGAUGUUGACAUGGCAUUGACUUUAUUUGAGGAGAUGACACUGGGCAGCUUUGGUAUAGCACCAAGUUAUGUUACACUAGUUUCUGUAUUGUCAGCAUGUAGUAGGGCAGGGGCAGUGGAGAGAGGUUUGCAUAUAUUUGAAUCCAUGAGAGGGAGAUAUGGAAUUAAACCAGGCGCUGAGCAUUAUGCAUGUAUUGUGGACCUUCUUGGGAGGUCUGGUUUGGUAGAUCGUGCAUAUGAAUUUAUUAAAAGAAUGCCAAUUCUUCCCACUAUAUCUGUAUGGGGAGCUCUACUCGGGUCUUGUAAGAUGCAUGGGAAAACAGAGCUGGGGAAAAUUGCAGCUGAAAAAUUAUUCCAGCUAGAUCCUGAUGACUCUGGCAACCAUGUAGUGUUUUCCAACAUGCUUGCAUCUGCUGGCAGAUGGGAAGAAGCCACUAUUGUCAGGAAGGAAAUGAGAGAUAUUGGAAUUAAAAAAAAUGUUGGUUAUAGUUGGGUUGCUGUAAAGAAUAGAGUCCAUGUUUUCCAAGCAAAGAAUAGUUCUCAUGAAAAGAACUCUGAAAUUCAGGCAAUGCUAGCUAAGCUCAGAGAGGAGAUGACGAAAGCUGGGUAUGUUCCUGAUACCAAACUAUCACUUUUUGAUUUAGAAGAAGAAGAAAAGGCUUCAGAAUUAUGGUACCACAGUGAGAAGAUUGCUCUAGCAUUUGGCCUCAUAGCUCUCCCUCAUGGAGUGCCCAUACGUAUUACAAAAAAUCUUAGGAUUUGUGGAGAUUGUCAUAAUGCCAUUAAGUUCAUCUCAAAAAUUGUUGGAAGAGAUAUUAUCGUGAGAGAUAAUAAUCGUUUUCAUCACUUUAAGGAUGGUUGGUGUUCUUGUAAAGAUUAUUGGUAAUAGUUCCAUAGUCCCAUUAUUUUAUCUGUUUCAUAUGCGUCAAAGAAUAUUUUUGAAACAACACAUCAGGUUCUCUUUA